UGGCGAGAUGGCGUUCUACCACACAGAUUUUUCGCAAGACCUGAAAAGAAGGCUCGAGAUCGAGCCCAUGGCAGUAGCUUGAUGUCUCCUUCACGACAAGAUCCACCUCCGACGCUCGUGCCUGCAGCUGUCGCAUCGCAUCUCUCGGCAGCGCCCGCUAAACGAGAACCUGCAGCAAGCCCAGUGCCCGAGGACCAGUUCGUUUUUAUCCUGGUCCGUAGCCAUUAGCUCAAGGCAAACCGAUGUAUCCGCUGUGCAGGAGACUGACUGGGAGUUGAGGCUCUGCUGCGCUCUGUAGGGCGUGCCCAGGAGCCUCCAGGGAGGCCAUAAGAGCUAUGUUGGGAUCUGCUUGGGACAGUCGGAUGCGAAGCUGCGUCGAGGCCUUCAUUCCGCACAGCGAUUGCGUGCACGAUGUAGGCAAUGAGGACGCAAGCGAGACUUGCCUAUUGAACACAGCUGAAGACAGCGAGACUCUAGCUCAGAUAGGAUACCGCCCUGACGUGGAUGGACUGAGAGCUGUCGCUGUGCUAAGCGUUAUCGUCUACCACAUGGACACAGGAUGGCUGCCAGGAGGGUACACUGGAGUCGACAUAUUUUUUGUCAUAUCUGGAUAUGUUGUUACCGCGUCUCUGCUCAAUCACUCUUGCGGCAGCUGCUCAGAGUUCUUCUGCGGAUUCUACGCCCGCAGGGUCAAAAGGCUGACCCCAGCGCUGCUAAUCUCCAUGGCGCCUUGUGGACUCUACAUAGCUAUCCUGAUAUCGCCCGCGACUCCUCACCUGGAAGACAGCUUCGCAGCCGCCGCCAGCGCGCUCUGCGGCGUUUCCAAUGUGUUCUUCGCGCGGCUCUCCCUGGCGACUGGCGACGGCUACUGGGACGAGAUGACAGGGCAGAGCAGGAACGCCGCCAAUCCAUUCGUGCACACCUGGUCUCUUGGCGUGGAGGAACACUUCUACCUCGUGUUUCCCCUUCUCGUCUUGCUCGCGCACGGGCGCCGAGUUGUUGCAUCGGCUGGCUGCCGUCCGCCAUGGCCAGCAUCCCUCAUCAUCUUUGGGGCGUGCGUUGUGCUCUCCGGGUGCGUGUCGUGGGCGAUGACCGUGCACGCACCGGACAUGGCCUUCUAUCUGCUGCCCGCUCGUUUCUGGGAAUUGGCGGUCGGUGCCAUCAUUGCCGACGCCCACGCUGCUGGGAGGCUUGACAUGACAGCGGACGGGAGACGCGCAGCAGUGGUGGGCGCUCAGGACCUUGUGGCCGCACUGCUGACAGCCUCGAGCCUCGUGAUUGAUACAGUCAGCAUGGGCUUCCCCUUCCCCGGCGCGCUGCUUCCCGUGGCGGGCGCCGCCUGCGUCAUCGUGGCAGGGCAGUGCGAGUGGAGCGCCCUGAGACGCGUCCUGGGGCACGAACUGCCAGCGUACAUCGGCAAGCUGUCCUAUCCUUUAUACCUGUGGCACUGGCCUGUGCUGAAGUUCGCUGGCGGGACUGUGGUGGACGAUCUGCCCGUCGCCUGGAGGUGCCUCUUGCUGCUCUCAAUCAUGUUCGCGCUGGCCUCUGCGACGUACCACGCGGUGGAGCGACCUUUCCGGUCUUGGCGGCCCAAUGCCCAUUGGCACGUGUUCGCCAUGUUGUUACCCGCCGCCGUCGCUUUGGCCUGCUGCAUGCUCGCACUUCGCGGCCCGCUGUUCGGCAAGCUGAGCAUGUCGGCAGGGAACUCAGAAAUCCCCUCCGCACACGUCGACCACGAGCAUCUCGCCCCCGCGCCCACGCAAGCAGCUCGACCACAAGCAGCUCGCCCAUCACUGGCCUCAACAGGGUGCGCGUGCGGCAAAGUCCCUGAAUUCACACAUGCGCCAGCGAUGGCGAUCGAUGGAAUGCAGGGCCAGCCAUCUUGCCUGGACAUGAGUGGCGGCUCUGCGCUGGACUUGAGCUGCUGGGCUUACUAUAAUCAGUGCAGCGGCAGUGCGUGGUGCGACGGUGCGUGCGAGGAUUCUGACCGAGUUUGCAUGCAGGAUGACGGCAUGGACGAUGCACUGAUCGCCCUCUUCGGCAGACAGAAGCAGCAGUGCUUAUCGCCAGCGGCUGGCGCACAGAGGAUGCCCACGAUCUUCUUGUUGGGCGACUCGCACGCACUCUACUUCAGGCAUGCUCUGAAGCAGGCAGUGAGCGGUAGGUUCGAUGUGCGCUCGUGGGCGAGCGUCGGCUUCCACGAUGGCCUGUGGAACUCCGAUCGGAAGCCCCGCAGAGGGUAUCCACGCGAGAGGUUUCAUGCCGAGCUUCGGGAGCUGGUUGCGGACUACCUGGCGCCUGGCGACAUCGUGGCCUUCGGCGUCGGCGGAUUCAUAGAUGGGAAACCUCACGCACUCGAUGAUUUGAUCGUGUCUUUCCUGAACGAUUGGAUGACCAUUGCCGACAAUAAAGGUGCCAGAGUCCUCAUGCUUGGGGAUCAUCACUCGUACUUGCCAUACUGGCCAGAUGUCCCCACGAAGUGCGGUAACCAUGGGCUGCCGGCAGAUCUGCGCAGACAUUGUUUCCCUGAAAAGCAGGACGUGUUGAAUACGACGAUCAGCUUGAGGCUCCGAGAGUUGCAAAGGACUUCCAGAUUGUUACUCUUCGAGUAUGCGGACCUGUUCUGUGACGGGACUCUCUGCAUGCCCUUCAUUCCUGGCAGCAACGUCAUGGCGUACGAGGAGUCCCAUCACCUGUCCGCAGCUGGCUCCCUGUACGUAGCGCCCUUCCUGUGCGAGUUCUUCAAGAAUCAUGGGCUCCUGCAGAGCCGCAGCGGUAUACAGUAGACAUACGACGAGUUGGAAGCAGUUUCAAGAACCAAGAAUGCAGAAAACACACAGCGUUCAUCCUGGACAGAAUUGACCGCCUUGAGCUCUUCAAGACGAUGGAGGCCCAAAGUUGAAAUCGUCGGACGACUGCGGUAGGCACGCGCCGUGUCGAUGUGUGGUCGACACUGGCGCGAUUGUUCAAGGUUCAACGCCGCUGGUGGCUUGGCGUUGGAAUUCAUCGAGCAGUCUGCGAUAUCGGAAAGCUCCAAAUCGUCGAGGAGGAGGAGGAGAAGACAGCCGUGGUCGACGUGGCAAUAAUCACGACGGAGAAUUGUCAUGAUUUGUUGGUCGUCUCCGGCUUCCAGUUGCCAUCGCUGCGCCUUGAAACUCUUUCAAAAACGCGGAUUCACAAAUGUGAAGCGCAGUUAGUCUCUUUGCCCCCUCCCUCUGCACUUGCAUGCAUCCUUCUCACUGUCUUCUCUGCUCCCCCUGUUUUCUCCGCAGCCGCUUGGAUCACAGGGGGGGCCGUUUGUCCCGCCCUCCCACCCUCUUUUCUUCCUCUGGCUCGCAGCUGGGGGCCCUCGUGUACGCUACUUGGCCAAUGAAGAA